AUUCAUACUUUAGACAACUAAAAUAAAAUGGCGGAGCUGAAUGCGUCGCUGAAAGCCUACUUGGCAGAGAGUCGAAACAAAAACGGGUCCAAAAACAAAUCUCCAGACUCAGGUACGAACGGAAACCUGUCCAACGGACUGGGGACAUGGGCACCCAAACUACCGUCGUUUCUCGGUGGACAGAAAGACGAGGAGGCGCAGUCAGAGAACGGGAGUAACGGUUGGUUCGGUCAGGCACAGAAGGACCCAUGUUGUCCCAGUUUGACGAGAACACAAAGAAUCAUGGGAUUCAUGCUGUGCCUUUGUGCAGGACUCUUCUGUUUCUCACUGGCUGCCAUGUAUGCUCCAGUCAUGAUCCUGAAGGCCAGGAAGUUCUCCCUCCUCUACACAAUGGGCAGCCUUUUCUUCAUAGGCAGUUUCUCCCUGUUGUGGGGUCCGUACAACCACAUGAAGCACCUCCUGUCUUCCGAGAGGUUACCCUUCACAACUGCGUACUUCGGCUCCAUGUUUGCUACAUUAUACUUCGCUAUGGUCGAACAAAGCACCAUCUUCACAACCAUCUUUGCCAUUGUACAAAUCAUCGCCCUUCUGUGGUACGUGGCCAGCUACAUCCCAGGAGGACAGACAGGACUGAAGUUUUUCACCAGGAUUUUCUCCUCAGCAGCCUCCAAGGCUGUGAAGAGCACAAUACCUGUCUGAGAGGUGCCCAACCCUAGCCUGGUAUCUGCUCUAUUCUAGCUCUGGAUCGCUUCUCUGACUGCUUAACCUUGCCAGAUAGUUCCUUGCUAUUUGAAUAUUUGCCUAAAGUAUAGGCUUGAGCUCUGAUUGGCUCCUAGUUGAACAGUCUUCAUAACCCCAUGGUAUUUUAGGCAUUCAGAAGUUUGAUCCUGAUUCUACUGCUUCUGAGAAGUAUUUGAUUCCCCUUAUAAUGCAGGAUGUUAGGCCCAAAUGUUUAGACAGGGACUAUUCUACGGAGAAGCAGUCAGACUCAGAGGAGCGUACUGGAGCUAGACUAUGAUGGGUACCAGACUAGCGCACCCCACCCACAAGGAAACCAAAUUUUUAUGGACUUGAGUGUGACAAGUCAAAGCUUAGAUUCAGGCUUGCCCCUGACUGUGAGGUACUUUAAUGGACAUAUCUUUCACAUGAUGACUCUUUCCCUUAAGGAAAUAAUUUUCAAUUUUGUACCAGCUGACUACUUGAAUAUGCCAAGAAUUUUUAUAGUAUACGUUAAAAAACCUUACUAUUAUUCAAGUUCCAGAUGCUGUCAUCAUACGUGUAUGAAUGAACGUUUGGUUAUCAUGGUGCAUCGAUGAAGGUUAGACAUCCAGGUAAAAACAAAUCAAUUUUCACAACUCCAUAAGAUACAGAGAUUACUCCCGGACGUUUCCAGUGACAGGCAUCACUCUUCUUCAGUGUUAUGGGGGUAUCUAAAUGCUGUACAUCUGCAGGUGGGUAUGAAGUGGAGGGGGUUGUAACUUGUACUGUUGGCAACUACAUCCGUGUUUUGUGUAAACUAUCUUUUCAUGCCAAUCUUUCAUUCUAUGUGUACAGUGACAGUUGUAUUCCAAGUUAAAAAAAACAUUGUUUUAUGUGCAAUGAACAGUUAGACUGUUUAUCAAAAAUGUAUGAUAUUGCAGAUGAUAUGUAUAUUUAU